GUCAGUGCCGCCGUCAGUGGCGAUCGGUUCAGUCGGCUGCAAAAUGAUGGCGGACGAGAGGUUGUUUUUCUCGAACGCCGUCCAACAAUUGGCGAGGUGUUUGGCCGCUAUCAAGCCCACGCCGUGGGAGAAAGUAGCCAAACUGUACAAGUUAUGUCCGCAAGAGUCUGCACAAGGAAUAUUUCGCUUGGAUCAGAGGGGUCAGGAUGCGACCAUUGCAUUGGGGAUUUAUUUUCUGGAGUCCGGUCUGCAGCACCGGGAUAAAAUUUUGCCGUAUUUAUUGAGAUUGUUGCGCGGUCUUCCGAAGGCGGUAUGGCGGGACGAGGUGAGGUGUUCGCUUGCCGAGCGGGUCCCGGUAGCGGAACGUUUCAGCUUCUGCCUGAACACACUGUUGAGCGACGUGGCGGCCAGGUGCGAGCCGACGCGAGAAGAAAUCAUCUCGACGCAGGUCGAGAUACUCGCCGUCCUGACCAAUCUGAUACGCGGGUACAAGGAACAGAAUAGCAAUAGAGGCUUGCAAGCAAAGAUAUCGCUAUGCAAAUGUCUGGUUCCGGUGCUGAUUGGCCUGGCGAGAUCGAUGGGUCGCUUCGCGUGCACGGACCCGCCGUUGCUCUGCCGCAUCUUCCCACGGCGGGAGACACCCUCGCCGGCGGGCAGCACGGAAAAUCGUUUGAUGCCCGACAAGAAGCAGCACAGCUUCUCGAACUUCAGGCCCAUCAUCCCGCGGUCUCUGAGCGGCAACUUCAAUUCCUGCAUCGACAACGCGUUCCCGGGCUUCGACAGUCACGAUUAUAACUGCGGCAAGAGACCGUCGUUACAGUCCUUCCUGUCGGUGCCGUACGAUCCGACGACGUAUUUCUUCAGCCGUUACGGCUCGAGCUUCAAUCAGUUCCCGCAGAUGCGUUGUAACGAGAGCCCCGAGAGAAGGGCAGGGAUGCAGUUUACCGUGGUGCAUCUGCAGAGCGUGCUAGCCUUGGCCAAGAAAUUGCUUACCAAGGAGAUCCUGACGUUUCUAGACGAAGAGGCGCAGCAAGUGUACAGCUCCGGCCAAGUGCACAUUUUCCCAUAUCGUACGUUCAGCGAGACGAUGAAUCUGGUGAUGGUGGCCUUGUUGCGCGAGCUGUUGCAAAAUCAGCGCGACUUACCGGCCCCGUUCACGCGGGACGUGCAGGAGUUCGUGAAGGGCCUGUUUCUCUCGGGUCAGACGGAGCUGCAGUCGCGGCAGCACGACGCGAGCGAGCGCGAGGACAUCGACACGAAUUUCCGGACCGUGAAUCGCUUCAAGGUGAACGUGAUGGCCAACUCCGCGUGCGUGGACUUACUGGUCUGGGCGAUCGGCGACGAGACAGGUGCGGAUAGUUUGUGCGGACGGCUCGUGGAGAAGAUAAAUUCCAAUCACGGGCCGAAACUUGUGCUGGCGCACAUGCCACUGCUGAUGGUUUGUCUUGAGGGAUUGGGAAAAUUGGCGCAGAAAUUUCCCAACAUAGCCAGCACGUCCAUAUACUACCUACGGGACUUCCUCAUCGCGCCGUCGCCAAUUCUUUUGAAGCUGUAUCGCCAGCACAGCGAAUAUUUCACGAAGGAACAUCAAUUUAAAGUGCUGGGUAAAAUAAUUGCUUUAUCACAUACAUCAUUAUUUAAUUAUAAAAUUAUUAUUUGUCAUAAUAUAAUAAAUACGAUGUGUGUAUAUACAUACGCAGUUCAAGGAAAGGAAAUAAGCGACACGAAACAGACGACAUCGUCGGUCCACACGGCGUUUGAGAAACUUCGCGACGCGGCCAUCGGCAAUCUCUGCAUCGCUCUGGAAGCCGCGCACUCCGUGAACCCGGACUGCGUCCCGGCGCUCGUGGCCAGUGUCUCGAACAGGCUAUACACCGCGGACAUAUCCGACGGCGAGAGCGACGAGAAGUUGAAGAACGAAGUGGUGUCGAAGAACAUCGUGAUCAUGCUGGGCCACGUCGCCGUGGCGCUGAAGGACACCCCGAAGACGAUGCGCACGAUCUUCCCAUUUUUCCAGCAGCUCUUCUGCCGCACUCCCAGCGACCUCGACUUCCUCAUAGUGGAUCAAUUGGGCUGCAUGAUCAUCGCCAAGUGCGAACCAAAGAUUUAUGAAGGGAUAAUGCAAAUGUUCUCCAUGUCGUUGGGAUCGAGUACAGCGACGUACGCGGCGAAUGACGACCGCAAACAGUAUUGUCAUGUUUCCAAGGCGGUUACAAACGCCCUGGCGAACAUAGCGGCGAAUCUGCAGGGUGAGUCGGAAUUGGACGACUUGCUGCUUCAUCUUCUGGAACUGUUUGUGCAGUUGGGUCUCGAGGGGAAACGCGCCAGCGACAAGAUGCCGAACAGUAUCGCUGCGACGAGAGCAGCUAGUAGCGCGGGAAAUCUAGGAGUGCUCAUCCCCGUGAUCGCGAUACUGGUGCGACGUCUACCGCCGAUCAGGCACCCGCAGAAACGACUUCUGAAGCUGUUCAAGGACUUUUGGCUGUACUGCGUUAUAAUGGGCUUCGCCGCGGAUCAUCCCUCGAGAUUGUGGCCGCCCGAGUGGUACGAGGGGGUCAAGGAGGUCGCCGUCAAGUCACCCUACCUUAUUUCACAGACCAGCGCGCGUCUGGAGAUGCGAGAGUUGCAGUACACGUCGGCGGUGCGUAACGACAGUGUCUCGUUGAAUGAGCUGCAAGAGCUGCGGAGUCAAGUAUUGAAGAUAAGCACCCGUACAAACGACAUAUCGGCAUAUGUGACCAAACUCCAGUUCGCGCAGUGCACAUACUUGCUCUCUGUCUACUGGUCGGAGACCUUACGGGUGGCCAACAGUUCUGAACCGAGUCUGCAACCGAUAAUGGAGUACCUGUGCGACACGGAUUUGCAGAAGGACAAGAGCGGCAUGUGGCAGUGCAUAUGCUGCGUGGCGGACUCCGUGUUCGCGAAAUUCAAGGACGUGAUGCAGCGCAAGCCGAAGGACGAGCAACGCGAGAAGGAGCUCGAGAGCCACGCGCAGUUUCUGCUGGUGCGUUUCAAUCACGUGCACAAGCAGAUCAGACGGGUGGCGGACAAGUACCUCAGUGCACUGGUGGACGCCUUCCCGCAUCUCUUGUGGAACUGCAAGGUCCUUUGGAGUAUGUUGGACAUAUUACAGAUUUUAUCAUACUCGUUGCAACUUGAUCCAAAUGAAGAGACGCCCAGCUUAAGAAUACCUGGCACGCCGUAUAGCAUUGAGUUGAUGAAUACUCUUGAAGCAAGAGAGAUUAUCGUGAAGGAUUUUACCGCGAGAUGCAAGGGCAUAGUGCAGGAAGCCAUGAAGUGGGCGCCGCAAGCAACCAGAUCGCACUUGCAAGAGUACAUCAAUCAAAUACCGUCUUCUGGCAUGCGACAUCAUUCCGGUUUGUCGCUGGCCAUUGACUCGGUCCUCGAAUUUGUGGACACCGCGAUUCCCACAGUGGUCCCAGCAAAUACGAAUUCCUUGGACAAGAGGCCACGCGGUCCAAAGGGCGCGAGCUCGUGGCUGUUAUCGAUGAUGUCCACGAGGUCGUGGCAUGCCGGUGAGGUGGCGGGUAUGCUCGCCCUCGCGCGCACCGAAUCGCCAACCGCGGAGAUGACUCUCGAGGGGUGUAGGGAGAAGGUCGUCGAGAGAUUGAUCGAGGCCGUUCGCCGCGCUUGUAAGGAUCGCGACGAUACCGUUCAUCGCGGCGCUCUCUGGCGUGCCACCGCUCUUUUAAUAUCCAUGCCUGGUAUACACAGACGAUUGUUGCACACGGUCGCGUGCUCGCAGAUAGAACUGUUCACGAUCGCGGCCAUGACCACGGCGGUCGAGUGCUGGCAGUGGAUCUUGACCGUGCGACCGGAUUUGAAGCUGCGAUUCUUGCAAGAGAUGCUACUCGCGUGGCAGUACACCGUCGACAAGAGGAUGGGCCUGUUCGCGCCGAACGAGGAGGAGGUCAGCCCGCUCGCGGUCUACGAGGGCUGCAAGCUCGGGCCUAAUCCGCCGCACGUGAAGCCGCACGACAUCUGGGUGACCUUCAUCGUGGAGCUCGUCGAGACGGCCAAGUACUGUUGCCAGGAGACAGUCGACAUGAUCGCCCUGCUCCUGCAUCGCUCGUUACCCAUGACCGUCGGCGCGUCCGGCGAGGAGCCCGGCAUCACUCGGCACGUCGCCGCGGUCGGCGUGCGCUUUAAACUUCUCUCGUGCGGCUUGGUACUGCUGCAAGGUGACGUUUUACCGAGAACUUUAAGUAAGAACGUCCUGCGAGAACGCGUCUAUUCCAAUUGUCUGGAUUACUUCUGCCGAGAACGUCAGUUGCCGACCCAAGAGAUCGAUCAGCUUAGCGAGGACAUCGUUACGCUGAUACGCUUCUGGCAGGUGAUGCAUAGCGACAAAAAGUACUUAAUGAUGACAGGAGCCGAUAACGAGUUCGAGAUAGUGACGUCUCAAACUUACACCACCGCAAUGAUUCCAAGCGAGACAAUCGGUUCGUUGGCCGCCACGCUGGCCCCUACGCCGAACGACUUCUCGAGAUCGUCCAGCAACGUGUGGAUGAGCACCAUGCCUAUGUCGACCAGCACGAAUACGCUGAGCAAACGCAGCAAUCGCAGCAAACGAAUUGUAAAUGCCAACGUCCUCGUGAAGGAUUACAUCAAGAAGAGAAAUUUGAUUCUCGAGUUGUUAGCGGUUGAAAUCGAAAUGUUACUGGUCUGGCGUAAUCCCGGCGGAAGGCCGGAACUCGCGUUGCAAGGAGAAGGGAGUAUCGCGGAUUGGCGCGCCAAGGGGAUGAACGAUCGCUGGCGGGAGUACACGCGGCUCGCGUGGGAGAUCAGUCCCGUUCUGGCUACCUUCUUGCCGGUGCGCCUGAAGAAUCACGAAGUCAUCAUCAAGGAAAUCUGCGGCCUGGUGCGCCUUAAACCCGUGCCGGUCAUGCACAUAUCGGAGGCGUUGCAGUAUCUCGUUACGACGGAUACGCUUCUCAACGACGUACCUGAAUUAGUUUAUAUGUUGACGUGGGCAAGGGUGUCUCCGAUUCAAGCGCUGGCGUUCUUCUCGCGGCAGUUCCCGCAUCAUCCCAUCUCGGCGCAGUACGCGGUGCAUGUAUUGGACAGCUAUCCCGCCGACGCCGUGCUCUUCUACAUACCUCAGCUGGUGCAAGCCGUCCGUCACGACACGAUGGGCUACGUGAUCGAAUUUAUCAAGAAGAUUGCCAAACGAUCGCAGGUGGUGGCGCACCAGUUGAUAUGGAACAUGUACACCAAUGUAUACAUGGACGAGGAUAAACAGGUGAGAGAUCCGGUGCUGUACGACAUCUUGGAUUCGUUGUCGAAGAAUAUACUGAACGCCCUGUCCGGCCCGGCGAAACAGUUCUACGAGAGGGAGUUCGACUUUUUCGAGAAGAUCACCAACAUCUCGGGCGAGAUCCGGCCGUAUCCCAAAGGGCCGGAACGCAAAUCCGCGUGUUUAGAGGCUUUGGCGAAGGUCAAGGUGCAACCCGGUUGCUACCUACCGUCGAAUCCCGAGGCGAUGGUCAUCGAUAUAGAUUACCAGAGCGGUACUCCCAUGCAAAGCGCUGCUAAGGCACCAUUCCUAGCGCGCUUCAAAGUGCAGAGGUACGGCAUCAACGAGCUCGAGAAUAUCGCGCUAGCGGUGUCGACCAACGGGAAAGUCGAGAACAAGAAGGAAACGGAAGAGCAGACGUGGCAGGCUGCUAUUUUCAAGGUCGGCGACGAUGUCAGGCAGGACAUGCUCGCCCUGCAGGUGAUCAGCAUCUUUAAGAACGUAUUCCAGAAGGUCGGGCUGAAUCUCUUCCUGUUUCCCUACAGAGUGGUUGCCACAGCACCCGGGUGCGGCGUGAUAGAAUGUGUGCCUCACGCAACGUCGAGGGAUCAACUCGGCCGCACGACGGACAGCGACAUGUAUCAAUACUUCAUCGCGCAGCACGGCGACGAAACGACCAAGGAGUUCCAAAAUGUUCGCCGCAACUUCGUCAAGUCGAUGGCGGCGUACAGCGUGAUCACCUACCUCCUGCAGAUAAAGGACCGUCACAACGGCAACAUCAUGAUAGACACCCAGGGCCACAUCAUACACAUUGACUUCGGCUUCAUGUUCGAGAGCUCGCCCGGCGGUAAUCUCGGCUUCGAGCCCGACAUCAAGCUCACCGACGAGAUGGUCCUCGUGAUGGGCGGCAAAAUGGAAGCUGCGCCGUUCCGCUGGUUCAUGGAGCUAUGCGUGCAGGCCUUCCUCGCAGUCAGACCCUACCAGGAGGCCAUCAUCUCUCUCGUCUCUCUCAUGCUCGACACGGGACUGCCGUGCUUCCGCGGGCAAACUAUUAAGCUCCUACGCAGCCGGUUCGUGCCGACCGCCACUGACCGCGACGCGGCGAUCUUUAUGAUCAAUGUAAUACGUAACAGCUACCUCAACUUCCGUACGAAAACUUACGAUAUGAUACAGUAUUAUCAGAAUCAAAUCCCAUAUUGAGCUAUCGCUGGGAAAUCUACCUUCCGUCUCCUUGCCUUCCUUCUUCCCCGUCCGCGUGUUUUCGUUAAAUGGACGGACGCGACUUCGCGCUCGCCACGACUGUUGUUAUCGACUUUAGAAUCAGGUACUUGGAUGUACUCUACACUUGUUAGAAGUAUAUCGCGGUAUAACCAUUGACUGUGAAACUGUACAAAAUGCAAUUUUGGUGUCAAUAUUAUUUUAGUCCCAUUUAAUGUAUUUUACGAAAGCGUUUAGAGCCUUGUAUAUGUAUGUAAUAAUGUAUCAUAUUUAUCUACGAGAGAGAUCGCUUAUAUAUCUAUAUGUAUAUGUCUACCGUAUGCAGCGCAUCUGUAUACGAUCACAUUCCUCGUUAGUUAUUAAUUUAUGCGCUGUUAAUGGGUAAAAAUUAAAAAUACUUUAAUCACGACGUAUUUAGAAAUUCUUCAUCAUCGCGAUGCAUUUUAAUUCUCAACUGCGAGACAGUAUUUAAUUAGGAUUCUAAUUAGAUAUUUUGUAAAAUAUCAAAAGGAAUAUGUGUACAUUUUUUUUUUACUUCAGUUUACCGUUUACUUCAGUUUCCUGAUGUGUUUUAACAAUUUUACGUGUGAUUCUUUUCUCGACGGUGUAAUGAGCAAUUAAACGAACAAUAAAGUAA